AUUUUAGAGCAAUGUUAAAAAAUAUAUGAAUAAAAAUAAAAAAUAAAAGUCCAAUUCAGAGCAAGCUCUCUACACAAAGAUUAAUUUUUAUAUGGGUUACAAUGAAUUGUUUUGACAUAUCAAAACUAAGUCAAAGCCCAAAACAAAGCAAGGCCCGGUUAGCCUUAUAACCCACCCGGUUUCACCACUCACCCUUUUCUCCGCCCUGCCGCCGGUUUCCCUCGCCGUCGCAAUCGCCUUCUUCUUCUCCACGGAAAUCUAAGUUUCAAUCGACUUUCUGCUGCUCAUCUUAAUCUUCUGCAAAAUUCAUUGCAGGACAAGAUGGUGAUCCCACCACCAGUCAGAGCUCCAAGAAUCACAGAAUUUCUGAAGCCAUAUGUGCUAAAAAUGCACUUCACAAACAAAUUUGUUCAUGCUCAAGUCAUCCACUCUCCAACAGCCACAGUAGCUGCUUCUGCAAGCUCACAGGAAAAGGCCUUGAGACCAACCAUGGGAAUCACACGAGAUGUGGCAGCUGCUGCUAAAAUUGGGAAGAUUCUUGGCGAGCGCUUGCUUGUUAAGAACAUUCCUGCUGUUUCAAUCUUCUUAAAGAGAGAACAGAAGUAUCAUGGUAAGAUCAAAGCAGUGGUUGAUAAUAUGAGAGAAGCUGGUGUGAAAUUACUAUAAAUUGAAGCAGAACUUUAGUUAUGAUAUUAGGUAUCUAGAAAUUUGAUAUAAUGUCUCAAGCUGUUUUUCAAUUGUGAUGAUGGAAAAGAACAUCUUAAUCCCCAGUAAUGAAGUGUAGGAAUCUGAUUCGAGCAUACUUUUUCUCUUUCAGAUAUUGUGGGUGAAAUUUGAAAUGCAGUUAUGCACUGGCUUAUGUAUUGUGUAUUCAUUGGCGAGUUUAAAAUUUCUUGCCUGUCUUUUUUAUUGAAUAAGAAAAGGUAUGAAACUUUGUGUAACUA